GAUCACAUCACCUCUCCCUGGAGGUGGAAAGGAGACUCUCAGCCCCAUCUAUUUUGUGAAGUUGGCAGGGUGUCAUCUGUAUCCACUCAGAAGAGAGGCUGGGAAGAUAAGAAAGAAAGACACCCUAAACUCAGCAACUUCAUAACAUCUACCCACCCCCAAAGCCUGAAACUGUGUCAAGUCAAAAGACUCAGGGUCAAGCACUUACCAUGAAUUUUCUGACUGCAGUAAGUCCACAGACAUUCUCUACCCCAGGCUGGAAGGUUGAGACCAAGUAUUCAACCCGAGUGCUCACUGGAAACUGGGUGGAAGAGAGGAGAAAGUUCACCAAAGCCACUGAGGAAACACCUCAGUCCAUUUACAGAAAGGAGUAUGUCCCCUUCCCAGGCCACAGACCCGACCAGGUCUCCAGGUGGUACGGCAAGAGGAGAGUGGAGGGCCUCCCGUACAAACACCUGAUCACACACCACCAGGAGCCCUCACACCGCCAUCUGAUUAGCACAUACGACGACCAUUACAGCCGGCAUAAUUACAACCCUGGCCUGCCCCCACGUCGCACCUGGAGUGGACACAAGUUGCUGUGGCUCCCGGAGAAAGCGGACUUCCCCCUUCUUGCUCCCCCUACAAACUAUGGGCUCUAUGAACAGCUGAAGCGGACGUGGCUCGCACCCAAGGCUGCCCCGAGGGAGAGCAUUUACACUUCGUCCUACCGACCACCGCUGUGUGCUAUGUCCCGGCGGGAGCAUGCCAUCCCCGUCCCUCCCCCUCGCCUGCACCCUGUGCCGCGCUUCUGAGAACUGCCACGCCACGGGCUAUGCAGGCGGAACCAACCGGAGCCCCAAAGUACCAUUGGACCCGCCAGGCCGCAGGCGGCUGCAGAUGCACCCAGAGUGUUAAAUCCGGCCCAGCUGAGGGGCCCUUAGAAUCAUGGUCAGUGUUUUAUAGUCCCCACUCGUCCUCCAAACCCUCAGGCUCCUUUGUUGCCAUCCCAGAAUUAAAGCUCUUUGACACAAUGGAA